GCUACCAAGUGGAUGUCUGGAUGCAACGAAGGCUUCAAGUCAGUUGUCAGCAGCUCUCGUCGUCGGUACAAACCGACCGCUGGAUGUCCCCAAACCUGUCAAAUGUCGCUUUAGUCGUUUGGAAAAAGGUCGGCAGCAUGGAAACUCCCCACAUCUGCGGCGUUUGUGUGGACAUAUGAGCUCCAAUAAGCGACAUGGACCGUAUGUGCAUAAAGCCUAAAUGCAGAGCGCAGAGGUGGAGUUUCAGAUGAGAUCAACAGAAGGUGGAGAUUUCCAGAAGAUGUGGCUGGACCUCUCUUCACUUUCCCCUUUGGAAGCACCCGUUAGCCCUUUGUGGUCGCCAAUUGCAUUCGGAGGCCAGCGCUCACUCCAGGGCUCCAAUGAAUUGAUAGAUGCUCCCCGGAUGUCCUCCAUCUUACCAGGUGUACCAGACAUCGCCAUAGUCUCUGACUAUAAUAGUCAAGGGGCUUGUCACUUGAAUGCAUCUGCGUGUGUGCCAGAUGGAGUUGAUCACUCCUCCCUUAUCAUAGUUUCUCCUCCCGAUUCCCAAGUGAAGGCAGAUCAAAGUAGCCCUGCUCUUGGUUCGGGGCAGGGAAUUUGGAAAAUUGUGCUAGAGAAUGCGGUGAAAGAGUCGCAGUCCAGACAUGCAGCACUAAACAUCCGAGCACGGAGGCUGAAGAGGAGUGCGCAGACCCUGCUGGCAGAGAUCACCUCACUGCACUGCAGCCAGCAUUUGGAAGGGCUGAGAAAACUUUGUGUUUUAGACUCCAAAGACCCUGGAAAGCUUGCCUCACGGGCACUGCUCAGACACCUACAGCAGGAUCUGGACUCGGAGGCCACGGCCAGCAGUAGCUCUGACGAAGCGCAAGAUGAGGUCAGGUCCCACAGAGGAGCCAAGACGAUCUGCAGCAGCUGUGAACACAAGUGGUUGGAAGAGAGAGCAGAGAUUGGAAGCAGAUGGAUUUGGUUGCAGCUACGUCUGGCUGACCUUGAAGGAAAGCUCGAACAACUUGGGGAACUCCACAAAAACAUUCGCUCCAAUAAGAUUGGCGUGGUGCUUGCUGAGUCCCAACCACCCACGGACAGGCAGAUCCAGCAAACCCUCUUAAAGGAAAUGGCAGGUCUUUCCUGCUCAACCUUAGACGCUGACAUGGAACCAUGCAGCCCCAAUCGUCUUCUUUACAACAUUGAACGACAGAGUGCUCAGCUCAGCCAGAUCGUCAACACUCUGAUGCUUCCUCUCGGCUUCUCAGCACCUUCAAAACAACAGGUGUGGAAUAGUGGGAGAGACAUCUCCAGUGGGGCCAGAGGAGACGUUUUUAUGCCAUGGGGAUCCAACAGAAGACUGAGGAAGCUCUAUAAGUCCGAUGUGUCGUGUGUAUGUGCUCGGACCAGACCCCUGGUCACCCACCGAAAGCCCAAAUUGUUCUUUUUCGAUUCCUACAAUGCUAGUCCACGAGACUUGCUGAAGUCCACUGCUCCUCUCUUGUGUUCUUGUCAUUCUUCUUGUGAUCCCGUGGUCCAGUGCUCUGACCCUGACUGCAGCAGCAGCAGCAGGACAUUCACCUCACUCAGAACUCCGUCUGUGUUACCACCAUCAUGUGAAAGUCCACAGAGGAGUCUGGGGAGAGAGCGAUGGUUCCAAAAACAUUUAGUCAUUGAUGUCCGACCACCGAGUCCAUCUCACUAUAACAGAUGCAGGCCCACACUAUACAACACUCCUGUCUGUCUUCGAGGCCACAGACACAUGCGCCAAGCUGGGCCUGGCAUGCAUCUGUCAUCAAUUAAGUUGGCUGAUUCCACACCGCAUCAACGCAGAAGAAGCAAUCAGCAAAAGAGAAAGACAAAACACACUUUCAUAAAAGGUGUGUGUAAAAAUGAGAUGUCUGAAGCCUAUCAUCUGUUGGACCCAGAGGAAAUUUUUGAUGAGAGCUUCAAAAAGGGCUUCGUAUGUCAACACAGCAACAGGAAGGUCAACAUGCCAGUGAGCAAAGUGGAGAAGAUGCUGUCCAAGCAUAUUCUCACGCCAAGUUGGCACGUUGUUGACAUCCAGUGUCUAGUUAAGGAGACUGAGAGAGACACCGAGGAGGGGCAGGUGGAAGUCCUCACUGAUGCGGUCUUUGCUCAGAGACACUUGGCUUUAGAGCUAAAGGAGAAAUUAUACUCAAAACCCUGUGGAAGGAGAACAUGCCGCAGACAUCCUACAAGACCUGGCAGCAGAUCGCGAGGCAGUGUCGGUGUGGCGUGCAAAUCACGAUUGGAGAGCUCCGUGGAGUGGAGUCAUUCACAGUUGAAGCCUGAUGAACAGCUAAGCUUAGAGCAGAGGCUGCCACACUGGGAGCUGAGGACUUUUCCGUUAGACAAGAAUGAAGAAAAAGCCCUGCUGGAUGACAAUGUGGAGACACUGCGCCCUCUAGCAGACAACACGUGUGCAUAGAACUGAGAGCAGCUGAGCAAGAGGUGCCUCACCACUUGCAUAUAAGCAUGUAAUCCACAUUUGUUAAUGUUUAAAAGGGAGUCGUGUGGCAACAGUGUUGUCAAUCCCGCCUUAGAAUUUUUUUGGGCUAAUUUUUUUUCUGUACUUGAAUAUCCGGUAUUGAGGACAUUUUCUGCCUUGUGUCAAUUCUUUUUUUUCUCAUCAUUUUGUCAAAAAAAUAAUGUAAGUGAUUAUAUCAUCAUAUAUCACAUAUUUUAAUUCCUUAUCCACUCAACAAACACAGUCUGGUUUUUUUUCUGCUCCAUUUUACGCUUUCUAUAUUUGUUCAUAACUGUCACAAAAUCAUAAAUAAUUCUCUUUGAGAUGUAGAGUAACCCUUAAACUAAACAUGUCACUUGUCAUUAUGUCUUGGACUGUGCCAUUGGAAUGAUGUGAUCCUCUGCUAAUUUAUUGCUUUAAUACUUGUGUGUUGUGUAACAUUCUAAACAACUUUACAUUUUUUAAUAUAUAUUUUUUUAAUGUUAUACUCCAAUGCAGAAGCAGGUAGCGAUGUAUACGGACAAAUAGAUACAUACCAGCACUACUACUUAUACAUUGUAGUAUCAGGCUUAUUUAUUGUGGUGAUUGUCCUGUAUUAUUUAUUUUCACUUCUGGAUGUAAAACAUUUGCAUCAUGUGUGAGGAGAAGCGGCUCAGAAAAUGGAUUGAUGGAUGGACUUUGUGACAUACACAUUUAUGUAGCUAUUACUUAAUUCAGAUAAGUCUUUAUAUUCCAUGCCAUUGUGCAGGUUGAUGUCAUUGUGAACCAAAAGUAAUUUCUAAACAUAAACUUUUUGUAAAGUAUUGUGUUAUGUAGGCAUGUAUAACUCUGUUGCUAAGUGGUUGGGGGCUGCACCAAACUACAACCACAACAUGUUAAUAACAUACAGUACUGUAUUGUUGAAUUUAUAUCUCUGACAAUGUCACUCAACCUUACAUUAAAAAAAAAAAACAUUCUAAGAAACAAAGAAAACUACUGUCGACUACAUUUACUACACCGACAGCAUGCUGUUUGUAGUAGUUUCUUUCAGUUUUAAAGACACUCAGCAAUUUGGACACAGAGUUCAACACUUUGAAAUGAGCUCCAGUUAUUAUUUUAUUCUUUUGAAAUAUGUAUGCUACUUCAGCCAAGUCCUUAAUGGGAUGGCACUAACCUAAGUUAAUUGUGGCAGGACAAACGAAUGUCAAGUCAUUUCAGCGAUACGGAUGAUUAACAUAUAUGGAGGUCAGUGGUGUCAAGGUGCUGUGCUUCUCACCUCCAAAUUGUAAUCUCCUUCACCGCUACCAGGGGAGCCAAAAGGCAGAUGGUAGACAAGAUCACCCUUCUCAUCUAUACUUUUUGUGUCCCGCAAGUAAAAUUCAAGAUAGUUCUGCUUUUUAUGUUCCACGUAUAAUUUUGUCUUGAACCUGACACAUUCUGGUCUCCAAUGUAAGUAUGACUGAACUAUCACUGUUCAAUUGAUUUAUUUCAUCUUAAAUCAGGCAAGUAGAGAUGCUUUGUUGUGCUUGAAUGGUGUGAGGGAAUCCUGUAUUUCCCAGUCUAUGCCUAUUUGAUCUAUUUCGUCUGCAUAUGUAAGUGGAACCCAAAUACCUGUAAAUGACAAUGAAAAAUGUCCUAUAUGGGCCUCGUGCAAUAAGCAACUAACAAGGUUUUGGAGUUUUUACCAAUAGUUUCCUCCACCACACCCAAAAUAAAUGGGUCUAU